CCGACUUUCUAACCAAAUUUUGAGACGAAAUUACCCCUCAACAUCAUCCGCAGCUACUGUAAGAGGAGAGAUCGCCGGAAAAUGGCUCAGCUAUUUCUCCACUGAAUCAUUGAUGCCGACGGCGGCCACUAACAAACCCAAAAUCUCAACUCAAAACCCAAAAUCAAUCAACAGAGAUCGGCAUCCUCCAAUGAUCAAAGUAACAGAGGUUGUCACAACCAAAUUUUGACUGUCAAUCGAAUUCUGAGCAGAGAUUCAACGACCGCAGGCCUUCGUUGAAGAUUGAUGUGGCUCAGCAGAGGUCGUCAUACCAAAUUUUGUAUCGAAGAUCAGAGAGAUUUUCAUGCCGGCGCUGAGCUCCACCAUGACCGAGGGCAAGAUUGUGUGGUGGGUCAAAUUAGAGGGAGAGAUAGACGAAGCUAGAUCGAAGUCUAGUAAUUCGUCUACUUUAUCUUCUCCAUCUUCUUUGGCUGAAAUUUCAGAUUCGCCUCCUCCUCUGCCUACGCCUCUUGCGGUGGCUUUGUUGGAGAAAGUGGAGGUCGCGGUGGUGUCAGUACACCCAGCGUCUGUGGGAGGGAAGAGGGUUAUGGCUUCACCGUAUGCGAAGAAGCUAGCAAAGGAAUUGAAGAUAGAUUUGAGUGGUAUGGUGGGUAAUGGGAUAAAUGGAAGGAUUGUAGCCAAGGAUGUGGAGGUCGCGGCCGUGGCAGCAAGCGGUGGUGGCGCUGUGCUGACGGAAGUGCCAAAACCGAGUGUUGUGGGUGUGACUCCGACUAUGUGAAGCCCUUGAUGGCAAACUGAAUACAUGUUUUUUCCACUGUGAUGGACGGCGUCUUUUGUUCAAGCCCUUUGGUAGAUAUGGUUAACUCCUCACAUGCUCGCAGUCUACAUGAGCUUCUUUAUCUAUCCAUUCUUGAUAUUCUCUGUUGUAGAAUGACAUAAAUGUUAAAGUGACUGCAACCUGUAUACGAGUUCCUGUUAUGCGUGCACAUGCUGAGAGCGUCAACCUUCAAUUUGAGAAGCCUCUUGAUGAGGUAAUGUUGUGAUAUUCUCUACUACUGUAUUGCCUUUUAACUCGAAGUAGCAAAAACUAUU